UUGAACGCGUGCUCAAAAUCCUUCCAAUUUAAGGGUUGGAAGAGCGAACCUUGGUUUCUGCCCCGCACAUUCCUUGUUGCCGCCAGUUCCAGGUUCGAACGGUUUGCCAAAAUCGAUGCCCGCACGAAUACGGUUUAGAGUCGAAAGUCGGCGGGUUGUCGGUCGACCAUUAGGUGCUGUGACGUUCGACUCGGUGGCUGACUGUGGCUGGGGAUCAACGGAGACAAUCUUUCGGGCGGGUCCCCGCACACGAUUUGAUAAUGGAGCAGCAGCAGACAACGGCAUCACAGCAGCAACAGUCAGCGCAAAUGGCUUCCACCAGCCCGCAGUCGGGUGGAAGUCCCGGCGGAGCUGGAGGGUCGACCACCGCGCCACCCCCCACCGUGCCAGCGGUAGCACCACCGUCGACGCGGAAGAAAACGGGCAAGUUUCUUGGCUCGGCACUGAACAUCACCAAUCGGUACCGGGCAAACAGCAGCAGCCUGAGCAAGGUGAGCCUUGCCAUUACGAAUCUAAAGGUGAUCCAGAACGUACCGCUGCCGCCACCGAUCAGUGCGAUGAUUGCGUCGGACAUACCGCCGGUCUGCAAGUAUCUGCCGUCCUAUCGGCUCACCUCUCGGAAUCCGUUCAAUCGCGAGGCGUGCGAGGCGAUACUGCGGGAAUCGAUGGACAAAUCGCUGCAGGGUUUAGAGUACAGUUCGUACUUUGCGCCCUCGCUCUGUCAGCAGAUCUGCGAGGACAUCAAGACGCGCGUCAAGGAGCUCAAGUUUGACAGGUAUAAAAUCAUCGUCACGGUUACCAUCGGCGAACGGUACAUGCAAGGGCUGAAGGCAAUCACCCAGUUCCUGUGGGACCCGGAGAAGGAUAGCUACGCCACGUGCAUCUACGACGCGUCACCGAGUCUGGUAGCUGUCGGGACGAUUUACGCCAUCUAUUUCGAUUAGGUUGCUCUCCCGGACGCUUUGCAACGCAGCGUGUGGAACGUCAACAGCAGCAACAGCAACCGUACGAUGGUAUACCGUAGAAGGAAUAUAUUUUCUGCGAAUGCCUGCAGACAUUCCAGACAGCUUGGCAGCGAUGAGGCAUCAGCCUUCGGGCGUUCAUCUAUUACUUCACCUAAUGGGCGCGUGUGCAUCGUACAGAAUUAGCCGAUGCAAUAUGAUUCAAAAUGCUCCGAUAUGAGGAGCUCGAAGGAUUUAUCAUCCAUACUCUGCUAAGUUGUGCAAUCGUUCCCCGAAGCAAUGAGGUGAAACAUAACUUUUGUUGCUAUUGUUGUUGUUAUUUUCCUUCGUGCAACUCCGCUUCGAAUUGGUUUGAAUGGAUGCAGUACAGUUCGUCAUAUUUCAUUGUAACAUCCGUAUAUGCUACUUAGGCAUGAGCUGGUUCACUGAUUUGUUUCUCGAUUUGUGAGCACAACGCUGGAAGGAAUGGCAUGCAAGUGUGCUAUAUUUUAAUGAAAAUGCAACAUUACUGCAUCAUUGUUGUAAGAUUCACAUAUGAAGGGGAAAUAAAGGUGCAACUAAGAGAGUCUAGGAACAUUAUACAUGGUUUAAAUCAUAUUUAAAUUAAGAACAGGUCAAGAAAAAUCAGCUAUUAAUGCCGAAGCCGUUGGGAUGUUUGUAUGGAAUCGUUAUUGCAUCGAACUCAUCAAGUGUUUGGAUGCGUCCUGGAUGUUUCCAGUGUUAUCAUGCCACACAAUAGCUGAACAGUCUGAAGUGCAAAAAUGACGUAAUUGAUAACUAAUAUCAACCUUCCUAGGCGGAACCAGCUCAUCGAGCGGUAGUUGUUAGCACGCGAGAAGAGAGCGUCGUUGUCUGGCGCUAAAUAGGGGGCUUACGAGCAUGAGUUGAAGAUUAACUUCCGAGCUAUCGAUAGUAUGUAAUGCGAAAACGUAGAGUGAACGCCAAGGAAGUUAUACAU